ACCACUCGAACAUCACAGAUGCUGAGGGUUUAAUAUUUAAAAUCACGUGCCCUUAGAAAAGCAACCCAACAAACUAAUCACAACCAAUAGCACUGCGUGAGUACGCUGAGUCGACUGUGAUAGUUGAUCACUUAGAGCCGUUCGCAGAAACAUGCCUCGCUCCUUCAUGAUCAAGAAGACAAGGGGGCGACGGUCCUCCCCCCUUACCCCGCUCAACGAGCCCCCCUCCCCCACGGAAUGCAGGGAGGGGCCGGAGUACCCCAACAUUCUCAGGACGCCCUUGUCAGAUGAAGCUCAUCGCGUAACCUUUCCUCCACCGAAAUCUCGAAUCCGAACCCCCUUCGAUGUGGCCUCCCUGAUAGCAGAUGUGACCCCGUCUUUCACAGAGGAGUCCUCGAAAUGGCACAGCGACAGAAAACCCCCCUCAUUCAAUGAAAACGACACAGGCUCAUUGGACAAGCCAGACAACUGUGUCCGAAUCAAAGAAACCAAAUAUCUGCGUGAGUUUCUUGGCGACUUCCUGUCAUGGCUGACACUUGACCACGAGAUGCAGAUUCUGCCGAAACCAGGUCUGCUUCCGGAUCCUCUGCACACGCCGUCAUUUCACGACAUCGGCCGUCAAGAUGACAUCCAUCCUUGUAACUGUGCGCGCUGCCGGGGCCACGAUGACUCUUCGCCCUCUGACAGUUCCGUUCACUCCAGCGACAUGGGGUCCAAGUCCAUGUCGGGGGGUCUCUCCGAACCUAAGGAAAGGACAUUUUCGUGUAAAGAGUGCGGCAAGUCGUUCAAGAGGUCUUCAACCCUAUCCACUCACAUGUUGAUACACAGUGACACUCGACCCUACCCCUGCCCCUACUGUGGUAAACGAUUCCAUCAAAAGUCCGACAUGAAAAAGCACACGUAUAUUCAUACCGGCGAGAAACCUCACAAGUGUACGAUAUGUGGAAAAGCAUUCAGCCAAUCGUCCAACCUGAUAACGCACAGCCGGAAACACACGGGAUACAAGCCGUUCUCCUGCUCACAGUGUGGACGAGCAUUCCAGAGAAAAGUGGAUUUGAGGCGCCAUCUUGAAAUCAGUAGCCACCACUAAGGGAGAUAACUCCCAGUGAAACGCUUGAAUUGUCUCCCCUUAAUUCGCAAAGACUUUCCUUCAAGAGGCUUUCAAUAGACUCCGGUUCAGCUUACCGCCCCAAAUGACCGGUGAGGUCACACCGGACUCCGUGAUACUGAUGUCCUAGAUGCCAUCGACGUUUGUGACGACGGGGAAAAUGACAAAUGACAAGAGUCAAAAUUGUACAUUUUGUGCACAGCACCAAAAGUCGUCAUCCAUUCGUCAACGCAGGACCAAAAUGUAAAACGUUUUUGAGUCUGGAUUGAAUAUGGGGAAUACCGUAUUUCCCUUAUUAAGGGGCCAAGUGUAGGGGUACGGGUUUGAAGUCAGGACAGGGCCCCCCAUACGGAACUAGUCAGCUACAGUUAGUGAUUAAUAGAACACCUUACUUGUACCUAAGCUUUCCCUACUCAUCUCAGAGCUCAAGAAAUAAACACAGGGUCUAAAAGUAAAGUGAAAAGUUAAUACAGGCCGGGAUCUUGAUAUAGGAAAUACGGUUAAUACAGAAAAAUACCGCUAAUCCAGAAACCCUGCUUCCCCGAUUACUGUUGGGAAUAGAUAUUGAAAGGACACGAUUCCUUUACAAGGAUUCCUUAAUCGGGGAAUCUGUUGAUCCGCACGGUUUCCAUGGAAACGGUACCGUUCCGAUUAACGGCGUUUCACUUUUGUUUGCAAAUCAACCAUGCUCACGCUUGUUAUUUAAAAGGUGCAUCUGCAAUAUUUUCUGAGAUAUUGUAAAACAUUUAGCGUUAAAACUCACAAUUAAAUUUCAACUCAUAUUCUAUUUUGUUUUAAUUUAUGACUUCUAGAUAUUUUUGAAUAUUAAGGCAUGAAAUGAUUCCCUGUGUCACUAAGACAUUUUUUCUCUUAACUCAUUUAAGCAUUAUUCCUACCAAGCAAAUACAAAGGACAGUGUGUUUUAAUCGAUUUAACCACGUCUGGAUAAAUGUUUUAUGAUUUAUUUAUGUUGCCGGUUGCCACUGUCGGAUAGACCUUCGUCUAUAAAAUUCUUAUAUUCACAUUGGUGUGUAUGCGAUAUGUUUUCAUGUUGAAAGCAAAUAUUCUUUACCGAAUGAUAGCAAAUAUCAAAGUCAGUAAUGGUCGGCAAGAGAUUUCUAAAAGGUUCAGCAAUAAAUAUUUCCAACUAUCACAGGGACUCAUUUUUCUAUUUGUCAGUGUCAGUUAGGAAUUCGGAACGGUUUUUGAAUCUCAAAUAUUGAACAAAGCGAUCAGAUUUUCAAAGAUUCCAGGUUAAUUAGCAAUUCACAUUUGUCAAACCCAUACUCUCGCUAGAUCACGUUAGGUGGUAUGAUAAUAGGAAGUCUGCUGUGAAUGUUAAUGGGAAUAGCACACAGAUAAAUUGGAAAACAUAUACGCGCUUGGUAUCAUAUUGACGUUCACAUUUGUGGCUCUUAUCAGUAAAUCGCUUACCCUUCAUGAUGUAUAAUGCUUUGUAAGGCUCAGUACCAUUACAUAUACGAACUGUAGGAUAAUUCAGAUAUUAUAUUUUUCAAGUAAUAAUUCAUUUUCCGACUUCCCUUUUUGUACAUAAUGGAAUUUAAAUGGAAAAACAGUUCAGUCAGUUUAAUAUUAAUAUCUGAAAUUGAAAUACAGGUGAUACGGUUUGUAAAUGAUUUUCAAACAUUGUUCCUGGGAAUGUCUGUAGAAUCUCGCCUAAGACAAACGUAUUUGUUUUUGUUCUUUUUAUUUUUGAACACUUGGUCUUUUUACGUUGCCGAGAUUACAUGACGAUGUGGAGUGUGAACUAGUCAUUUCCCCAUGUUUGGCCCCUAUUAUCCGAACUGUUUUUGUACGUAUAAACGAGGCCGUUAUUGCUCGUUAGUGCCCGGAUGUUAGUAGUUCGCCUACCCGUCUUGCUACUGUUUUUGUUAUUACAGUCUACGUUUUAUGCCCUCUGUGGUGUUUUGAUGAUCUCUAAAGUUGUAUAUACAUCUGUAAAUAUUUUUUAAGUUAUUUGAAUAAAAGAUAAA